AUGAAUUCUCGUUACGGUAGUUCAUCUUAUUUGGCGUCCUCUUCUUCUUCUUCAGAUGAUGAUGGUGAUUAUUAUGAUGAUCUAGAAAAGCAAGUGGUAUGUCAAAUUACUGCUGACAACAAUUUUUGCAUCGCUCAACACCAAAAUAACGAAGGGUCACACAAGGGCUCAAUUCCUGAUCAUAUAGUAGUCAACCAUGACCGAGAAAAUGUUGAUCGCAAUCUCUUCAAUGACUAUUUUGUAGAGAAACCUCGAUGUUCCGCCGAAGAUUCCGAAUGGGUCGUGCUUUAUUCCUUCAUAUUUAUGAUGUUGUACAAAGUCAUGACAAUUACUUCGUCCAACGAAGAGAUGGACUCGGUCUUUGGAACCCGCUAUCUCCGAUCACCUAACGAUGAUGAUGUUGCAAGGCUACUACACAUUGGUGAAAGUCGAGGUUUUCCAGGAAUGUUGGGUAGUUUAGAUUGUAUGCAUUGGAAAUGGGAAAAUUGUCCUACGACUUGGGGAGGACAAUACGCUGGUCGUAGUGGAUCUUCGACUAUUAUUCUUGAAGUUGUAGCUGAUUAUGAUCUUUGGAUAUGGCAUGCAUAUUUUGGUCUACCUGGAUCUAAUAAUGAUAUUAACGUGUUGGAGGCGUCCCAUCUUUUUGCUGAUCUUGUUGCGGGUAUUUCUCCACCUGCUAAUUAUUUCAUUAAAGGGAAAGAGUAUAAUAUGUGUUAUUAUUUAGCCGAUGGUAUAUAUCCAAAAUGGUCUAUUAUUGUUCAAACCAUUCGUGAGCCACUUGGCCCAAAGAAAUAA